UUCUGUUCUGGAGUAUUAUGGUCUGUCGGGAAUUCAGAGUGGUUGGGACUGGAGGAAAAUAUCUGCUAAAGCUAACGGUCGGCAUAAACAUGGAGCUGUCGGCCGUCGGGGAGAGGGUGUUCGCUGCCGAGUCGAUCAUAAAACGGAGGAUAAGGAAGGGUCGGAUUGAGUACCUCGUGAAAUGGAAGGGAUGGUCCCCAAAAUACAGCACUUGGGAGCCGGAGGAGAACAUUCUGGACUCGCGUCUGUUCGCCGCUUUCGAGCAGAGGGAGCGUGAAAGAGAGCUGUAUGGCCCCAAAAAGAGGGGACCCAAACCCAAAACCUUUCUUCUCAAGGCUCAGACUAAAGCCAAGCCGUAUGAGUUCAGGAGUGACUCAGUCCGAGGGAUCACCUACCCAACUCCAGAGCCAGUAAUCACGCCCAGGGCCAGAGAGGGCCUGAGAGCUGUUGUUCCCACCAUCUUUCCUCCCAGUACUGUUAACCGUGGAGAAGGCAUUCAUGUCCGGCACCCAGAACUGGCCUGUGAGCACCAGUUUCUUUCGCUGCAGCAAAGUGGCCCUGAUGGACUCGUUCACUCACCCAAAAAGAGAGGGCCGAAGCCAAAGCCACGCUUUACAGAUGACAUUUACAGCUCUACGGCCUCUGAACCUCACAAGAGGAGACCAGAGGAGCAGGUGAGACACAGGCAGCACAAACUGGCAAAGCUCCAAGGGGACAAAGACACGAGUCUGUUAGUACACAGACACCUGCAGAGCCACAGCCCCAGUAAUAAGCACAAACACCACCACGCACUCAACCGAGGAGACUCCGGCGGAAGCUCGUAUAAGCAGCUUUACUCCGACCACAGCCUGCAUCCAUACAGAACAGACGUGGACCCACACAGGACUAAAGACGCUUCGUACUACUUGGCACCAGCACACUUCAAGCAUAACUCCAAAAUGAGCUUGAACAUGAGUCGCCCCGCUGAAAAGCCUUACUUCAUAGACAGGCCGUCCCCAACCCGGCUCGAUGACGACUUGGAUGAAGUGACAUGGAGGCCGUCUCUCAGCAACAUGGAAAAGGUCCUGGUGACAGAUGUGACCACCAACUUCCUGACUGUCACCAUAAAAGAGAGCAGCACUUCAAAAGGCUUCUUCAAAGAUAAAAGAUGAUGGAUUGAACGUCAGAAUCAGUCUGAUUCUUAAAGUGUGUGUAUAGUGGGAUUAGCAGAAGCAGUUUUUGUAUGCAAUGUAAAAAGACAAAUUACAGAGUGCAUAUGUGUAUGUAUUUUAAAGUCGGCCAUUUAUUUAAUGUAUUGAUCUCAUCAAAUGAAGUCCAUUUCACAUCCAGCGUUGACAAAUGUGAGUUUUGUGUUUGCUUUGCGGCAGCUGAAACUUUAAUAGAGUUCUGAGUUUUAUUGUCCAAGUUAAAAAAAAAAUAAUAAAAUGUGUCUUCUGCCAGCUGGUGAAAGCUGGUGAGUGAUGAGGUGAAGUUACAAGAUAUCUGUGGAUGGAAUGUCUCCCUGAUUAAAUAUUGGUUUCAUGCAAACUGUUUAUAUUUUAAAAAUAAAUCUUAAGCACUUUUAUUUGAAAGCAGUUAAAAGAGAAGAAUGUAUUCGUGUUGCAUUCAAAGACCCAAAGACAUGUCGGUUAAGAGCAGGCCAGUGCUGAGUUUGUAACGUCUCUUAAAUUUGUAAUUAUAAGCCAAACUAACCAAUUAAAGGUAGUCACUGCACAUAUAGUGUAUUUUACUUUUUCAUAGAGCAUAUUCAUGAAUCAUUGUAACAAGAUCACAGUUUGUCGAUUUACUUUUGACACCUUUCACAAUAAAUGUGUUUUCUCAUUUUGUGUUUUA